AUGCCGAUAGCAUCCAUAGAGCCCAUGCAAAUUGAUGCUCCACCUGGAAGUCCAGAAGACAAUGAAAAUGAAGAAAUUGAGCAACACAUUGUAGAGAAUACUUCACUGAAAGAAACAGAGCAUAAGAAUGAUUUGGAAUCGUAUGCAAGUCAGUACAGUGGCUUUGCAAAGCUCAAUCGACUGCUUUAUGUGGCUGACCAUUGCCCACCAUUGCGUGUAGAGGCAUUGAAAUUGGCUGUUACUCAUAUCCAGACAACAUACAAUGUGAACCUGUAUCAGAUCAUUCACCGCAAGUUGUUGGAGGCAUCUGGGAGAUUGCCUGGAGGGGGCAAUAGUGCUCCAAAUGGCCCUGGCAGUGUGCCAGAUGUGGCCAGUCAGGACAUGGGUCAUAAUAUCCCCCCUUAUGAUUCUCAGUGGGCUGAAACCAGGUCAAAGAAAGCUGCAUUGAAGCUGGAGAAACUGGAUACAGAUUUGAAGAAUUACAAGACCAACUCAAUCAAGGAGAGCAUCAGGAGAGGCCAUGAUGAUCUUGGGGAUCAUUAUUUAGACAUUGGAGAUCUGAACAAUGCCUUGAAGUGCUACAUCCGUGCAAGAGACUACUGCACGAGUGGAAAGCAUCUUAUCCACAUGUGCCUGAAUGUAAUCAAGGUCAGUGUCUACCUUCAAAAUUGGUCUAACGUGCUGAGUUAUGUGAGCAAAGCAGAAGCCACACCUGACCUUGUGGAAGCGAAGAAGCAGCAAAUAAGUCACAGCAAGAAUGGGAAUGCAAAAACCAUCACCCGGUUGAAGUGUGCUGCAGGCCUUGCUGAACUGGCUACUAAGAAAUACAAGUCAGCUGCCAGACACUUCCUGAUGGCCAAUGUUGAUCACUGUGAUUUCCCUGACUUGAUGUCUCCCAGCAAUGUAGCAAUUUAUGGAGGCCUCUGUGCCUUGGCCUCCUUUGAUCGGCAUGAACUCCAAAAGCAUGCUCUCUACAGUGAAAUCCGCAAUCGAGCCCUAAUCCAGUACUUCAGCCCAUAUGUUUCAGCUGACAUGCAGAAGAUGGCUGAAGCAUUCAAUACAACUGUGCUGGGACUUGAAGAUGAACUCAUGCAGUUGAUUCUUGCUGGUCAGAUCCAAGCCAGAAUUGAUUCUCACAACAAGAUUCUGCAUGCAAAGGCUGUUGAUCAGAGAUGCACCACCUUUGAGAAGGCAUUACAAGUGGGAGAUGACUUCCAAAGAAGAGCCAAGGCACUGAUUCUGCGAGCAGCAAUCCUCAAAGCUCAGAUUCAGGUCAAGAGGCGCUAUGCCAUCCAGGCAGCGACUAAAACAAGCGAGAAGUCCAAGCAUAUUCCACCAAAGGAAGAUCCUAUUGUGACUGCUCUUCCAAAUGGAAUUGUGGUUGCAAGCCAUGAAAAUUAUUGUCCUGUUUCACGGAUUGGCAUCUUUGUCAAGGCUGGUUCACGUUAUGAGAGCAGUUCAAAUGCUGGUGUGAGCCACAUGCUUCGGAUUGCUGCUGGUUUAGCAUCAAAGAAGGAGACAGCUUUUGGGAUCACAAGAAACAUCAUGCAAAUUGGUGGAAGCCUCACAUGCAGUGCAAGCAGGGAGUAUCUUGCUUACACCGUUGAAUUCCUCAGGGAUGAUGCGUAUGUUGCUCAGAAUCUGGAUGAUUUCGUGAAGGAAACAUUCACAACCAACCGUUUAGCGAUUGCUGGUGUUGGAGUGGACCACAAACUCCUGGAGAACUUUGCUACAGCAUGUAGUUUGCCUGGUGGGGAAGGAGAUAAGACUCCCAGUCCAUAUGGGGGUGGUGAAAUCCGUAUUGAGUGUGGAGGUCCCCUUACCUCAGUAGCCAUGGCCGUAGAGGGGUUCAGUGUGCAAGAUGCAAAAGCAAUGGCAGCUGGAGCCAUUUUUCAGCAUGCCCUUGGUACCGGCCCAUAUGUGAAGCGAGGUAUGAGUGCAGGAGUACUGAGCAAAGCUGCUGCAAGCUCUGCUUCAGGUUCUUUUGCAGUGUCAGCCCUCAACAUGAACUAUAGUGAUGCUGGACUUUUAGGCUUCUAUCUUGUAGGCCAGCCAGAUGAAAUAGACAAGGUGAUGAGAAGUGUUGCAGCCAAGUUCAGGGGAGGAAAUGUGUCAGAUGAAGAUUUACAACGAGGCAAGGCAAGUCUCAUUUCACAUAUCCUGAUGGAUUGUGAGAACAGUGAGAAUGUGCUUGAAUGCUUGGGAGUCCAGGGCCUCCUCAUGAAGAAAUACAAAACACCCCAAGAACUUAUCCACUUCAUAGAAUCUGUAUCAACUGCUGAUGUCAAUAAUGUAGCCAAAAAAGUGGCAUCAGGAAUGGGAAAUGCAGAUUCUAAGCACAGCUUUCGAAAUGCUGUCAUUCAGCUGACACAGAAACGCCAGCCUGUGGACCCCAGUGAUGAUGCAUUCUGGGAACAGUUUUGGUGUGAUCAAGACACAAUCCCUGCUGACUUCUUUACCCAUGUCCCAUCAACUGAGAUUAGGACCCUCAGGGAAGAGACUCCCAGUAACUUGGCUACAUUGUGUUAUAAGGCAGUGGAAAAACUCGUCAAAGCUGUAGAUUCCUGUAGUGUUACCACUCACCAGGAACAGCUAGCUGUGCUGAACUGUGUGAGGAUUCUGAUGAGAUUACUCCCAUACAUAUUUGAGGACCCAGAGUGGAGCAAUUAUUUCUGGUCCAGACUCCCCAGUCAAGAAGGAAAAGAUGACAAUCUUCUUCUGGCAGAGUCUCUCCUCCUCACCCUUUCUGAUUUGCUGUUCUGUCCUGAUUUCACAGUGGCAUCAACCAAGAAAGGAGGACCAGAUCGCCAUGAAGAUCUGCAUUCAAUUGAUAGCUGUGAAUACAUUUGGGAAGCAGGAGUCGGUUUUGCAACACCUCCUCCCCAUAAUCCACAGCAUGACUUGAACAGGACAGAGAUUCUUAGACUGCUCCUCACCUGCUUCAGUGAAACCAUGUACUUCCAUCCUAAUGAGGAAGCAUCCACAAGGCCAAGCCGUUGGGUUCGCUACUUCACUUCAACAGAGAAUCGUCAUGCCCUACCCCUCUUCACAUCCCUCUUGAACACUGUCUGUUCAUACAAUCCAGCAGGCAUGGGCGUACCUUAUAAUCAUCUACUCUUCACUGAUCAUCGAGAACCUCUUGUAGAUAUUGCUCUUCAACUUCUGAUAGUUACUUUGGAUGUGGACUCUUCCAACAGUGAAGCUGAGACUGAGGAUGAGACUCAUCAUGUAGAUAAUCUGUUCAUCAAUUACCUUUCUCGUAUUCACCGAGAAGAGGAUUUUGCCUUCAUGCUUCGAGGGUUCACUCGGCUGCUGAACAACCCCCUUACACAGACUUAUCUCCCUCAUUCAAUUAAGAAAGUCAAUUUCCACCAGGAGCUGCUUGUUCUUUUCUGGAAAUGUUGUGAAUACAACAAGAAAUUCCUCUAUUAUGUGUUGAAGAGCAGUGAGGUUCUGGAAAUCCUUGUUCCCAUUCUGUAUCAUCUCAAUGAUUCCAGAGCUGAUCAGUGUGAGUUGUAUUCUUCUUUGUAUGGAGAUAUCUUGAAAAAGAUUUUCUUAGAAUCAUUCAGAAAUAGAAAAGUUACAAGUGGUAUCAGUGCUAUUCACUUAGUCUUAGUCUCCAUCCAAACUGGGGGCAGGGUUUUUGGGAUGCAGGGAUUCAAUCUUUUUGUCACUGAAAUUGGUUCCCAUUCUGAUCAUGACACAUACGGCAUCACUGGGAAAGUCAUCUACUGCUUUCUGGCACGUGUCCAAGCUUAUGGCAUUCAGUUUGGUGGCAAUGGCACUGAUGAGGUCUGGGAUAUUAGGGCUCGUGUGGGACUGAUGCAUAUUGGAGUUUUCAUCUUGUUACUGUUGAGUGGAGAGAGGAAUUUUGGUGUGAGACUGAAUAAACCCUAUACAGCAAGCAUUCCAAUGGAUAUUCCUGUCUUCACUGGAACUCAUGCAGAUCUUCUGGUGAUUGUAUUCCAUAAAAUCAUCACAACAGGACAUGCAAGGCUACAACCUCUCUUUGAUUGUCUCCUCACCAUUCUUGUCAAUGUGUCUCCAUAUCUGAAGACCUUGUCAAUGGUAGCUAGCACAAAGCUCUUACACCUACUGGAAGCAUUCAGUACUCCCUGGUUCCUCUUCUCAGCUCCGAACCAUCAUCACCUCAUUUUCUUUCUUCUUGAAAUCUUCAACAACAUCAUUCAAUAUCAAUUUGAUGGGAACUCAAACCUUGUUUAUACUCUGAUUCGAAAGAGGGCUGUCUUUCAUCAGUUGGCAAACUUGGCUACAGAUUCAAGCUCGAUCCAGAAGAGUCUGAAUAAGAGAACCACCAAGGAAAAGAAGAGAAGCAAUUCAUCCUCUAGUGUGCAGUCAAAUCCAGCUUCUCUGCUUGAGUCCCCUUCAAUGGAAGGAAGUCGUCCUGCGAUGCCUGCAGAGCCUGGAACCCUGAAGGCUACUCUUGCUGCUACUCCAGGGAUUGACAAGAUGACAGAGCAAGAAAGUGCUCAUCCAUCAUCCCAGGCACUGGAGAACCUCUCAAUGCAGUUGACAUCUGCUGAACAGGAGCAUGGGGGUGGGCCCAUUCCUUCUAUGGAUCCUCCCACACAUGGAUUCUCAACCCCUCAGGGUGUUCAGCCCCCCCAUCGCUCUCGCUCCAACUCCCUUGACUCUGACACUGUACCUUUUGAAAAAAGGACUCAUCAGUCGACAGGUCAGUCGGCCUCAUCUCACUCAGAGGAUGAAUUGCCUCCUCGAGAAGAGACUGGAAGUGGAGCAGCAACACCAAAAGAGGGAUGGAAACCCAAUCCAGAGUGGGUUGCCUCAUGGAAACAAAAACUCCCUCUACAAACCAUCAUGCGUCUCCUGCAGGUUCUGGUUCCCCAAGUUGAGAAGAUCUGCAUUGACAAGGGACUGACUGAUGAGUCUGAGAUUUUGAGAUUCCUGCAGCAUGGAACCCUUGUUGGUCUUCUUCCAGUUCCUCAUCCCAUCCUCAUUCGCAAGUACCAGGCUAACUCUGGGACCACCAAUUGGUUCCGAACCUACAUCUGGGGUAUCAUUUACCUCAGGCAAAUCACUAAGGGUGUAUCCGAAUUGAAGGAAAAAGAGGGUAUAGUUUUCGAAGCUGAUGUAACUGAUGCCCAGAUCGAAGCCUCCUACGUGAAAGACCCACGCAUGUUGGAUCAUGUCAAUCUGGAAUCCUUGGGUUUCGGAGGUGGGAACUCCAGUGAAGAUGAUGGGAAGUCUCCAUUUGAGCAAUUGGCUGUGCAAAUGUAUGAUCUUACUGGGGAUGGAGGUGUUCUUAAAAAGAUGCAUGUAUCCUCCAUUGUUAAUCUUUAUGAGAUUGCAGUGCAGGUUAUCAAAGCCUUUCUUCUGCCACAGAACCUGAAAUCAGGAUCAGGAGUUGUGGUCCCUGAAAGGGCAUUUGUGAAAAUUCAUUUUGAUGCAUAUAUAGAAUACUCUGGUGAGCCAGUGGAUUCAACCUACCUUCGGGGGAAAAUGGAGGGAUUCCGACUGGGCACCCAAAAGGUAAUUCCUGGUCUUGAGCUUGCUGUUGGAAGCAUGAGGAAAGGUGAAAAGUCCCAGUUCCUCAUCCAUCAUAAGUAUGCUUUUGGGAAGAAGGGCUGCCCACCUCGCAUCCCUUCGGAGGCAAUGUUAUUGUUCUGCGUGGAGUUGUUACACUUCCUUGAAGAUGAGGAGGCUACAAUGGCAGAUAUGUCAGCAGAAGAGAGACGAAGUGCUGGUUUUGCAUUUAUUGCCAAGAUAAUCAAGAGAGACAAACGUCAGGGAACACAACUUUUUAGGGAAAAUGACUUCCGGGGAGCUGUGGGAAAGUACAAGAAAGCUUUAAGGAACCUGGAAAACUGCUGGGUUAAAGAUGAGGAGGAAGAGAAAAAGAAAAAUGCAGAGCUGGUGAAGCUUUAUCUCAAUGAAGCCCUGUGCCACUUUAAACUUGGUCACCCCACAUUAUGCAUUCAGGCUUGUAAGAAUGUCCAUCUUUUGGAUGUGAGGAACUGCAAGAACCAUUUCAGAUGGGCUCAAGCAUUGAGAUUGUUAGGUGAAUUCCCCAAUGCACGUCGUAAGCUUCGUCGUGCAGAAGAGCUGGAUCCGGGAAAUGAGGAGAUCAAGGAGGAAUUUCGGCGACUUAAAGAGGCUGAAGAGCGUGCUCGUGUAGCUGAGAAGCUCAGAUGUGAGAGGAUGCUCAAUGUCCGUCCAUUGGCACCAGAUGACAAUCUCAACUAUGCAAGAACAGGAGCUAGGCCAAAGUAUUCUUCCCCUGCAUUCAACAAAAGGAGCUCCAAUUCAUGUGAAAUACAAGACACUUGUGCUUGGGUAGGAGAUAAUUCAGAAACUUGCAACUUGACUCGAAUAAAGCCCCAGCCUGCAGCAAGCCAGUCAGAUGCUCAACAGGAGGGUUCUCAGAAUGAGAGGUCCACUGCUGAUCAAGAAAAUCGCAAGAAAACCCAAAAUUCAGGGCAAGACCUCAAUCACCAAUCACAAGAAUCUCUGGGUAAUAUUCAGAAGCAUGUUGUUGGAGAGUCACUAGAACAUGUCCUUCAGAAAGGGGAAAUGGUGGAUGGAAGCGAUCUGAUGGAUGAAGCAACCAUGGAUGCAGAACUAGAGGCAAGUUGCCAUGAUACAGCCAAGGAGCUGGAGCAGUGCUCUUGGCUGGACCCUGGCCUGGAAGCAAUCCAGAAAUCGGAAGAAGAUCUCCAGAAGACUGUUUCACCUGUGUUUGUGGAAGAAGUUGCCCACUUUAUCUCAGAUCUCUUUGAAGAUGCUCAGAAGGCAGAAGCAGAAUUCCCAGAUCUUCUAACCAAAUCUCAGAUGAACUACCUUCAGGUUCGAGCUAGGGAGAUGGGACUCUGCAUAUUGUACACAGCUCCUCUUCCUCCAUACAAGUGCAAGAUCAAAAAGCUAUGCUAUGACCACAAAGAUGUUGCAUUGGUUGUAGUGAACUUUCUCAUGGAGAAACAAGCCCACCCAGAGGGAGGGAGGGCAUCGGGGACAAUCUACUCCGAGCCUCCAGUGAGACCCAAUGCCACGAUCCCAAAAGCCAUCCAGCUAUCCCCGUCUAUACCUGGGCCUCUGUAA